AAAAAAGAAAGUCCAAAAUAGUUGCAGUCUUUUCUUGGUUCCGUUCAUUUCAGCCCCACUUCUCUCUCGUAAAACCGUACAGUCUGCUCCAGUCCACCACCAUCAUCUCCGCCAUGCUUAUAGCUCUCAAGCUGAGGAGCUUAGCGGACUGUGUUUCAAAACCCUAGCGGACCCAUCGACCGGAAAAAUGGUGUUCAAGGGUCGAUUUUUCUCUUCUAAGAAGUAUGAUGCUUCCAGCACGGAUGGAUCCUCCAAUAGUCCGCGUUCGGUCGGGUCGAAUUCCCCGAUCCGAGCCGAUAAGAAGAAGGCCAAGGCCGGUUCUGCUUCCAAGGACAACUCCCCCAGCACUCCGACUUCGAUUUCUAGCUUUGCUGCUAGCUUCAAGGAUAGGAAGAAGGACGGUAAAGGAAAGGAUAUCCCAGUGCGUAGUCCUAAUUCGUUUGCGAAAGCCAGUCCAGGUGGGUUGGGUUCUUCAAAGCCGAAGAAAUCGGAGGUCAAGGAAGUUGGGCCUACUUCGCUGUCGGUGUCACCAAUUUUGGCGUCUUCGUUGGGGUUGCAUAAGAUUAAGACGCGAUCGGGGCCGUUGCCGCAGGAGAGCUUCUUCGGUUAUGGGAGUCGAGAGAAGGGGUGUGCUUUGGGUGCUAGUAAUUUGUCUAAGCCUGGCGGCGGAAGUGCUAGCAGAGGUGAUCGGCAGUUGGGAAAGACGAGCGCUGGGAAGGAGGAGAGGAAGGCGGUGGAAAAUAAUGGUUGGGUGGAUAAUGGGAGCAAUUCAGAUAGUAUGUCAACUGAGAGCUUACCUUCAAGGGACCAGAGCCCUCAUGUCCCCGGUCCAUCUAGACUGCAGAUUGGUGAACCUUCUUCUGGAGCAGCAGGUCGUUUCAAUUCUUCUUGGAGCCAUUCAGGUGGUCAGCAGACUUUGGAUGCUUGUACUCCAGAUUUGAAGACAUCUUAUGAUUGUGAUAAUCCAAAGGAGUCUGAAUCUCCACGCUUUCAAGCUAUACUCCGUGUGACUAGUGCACCUAGGAAAAGGCAUCCUGUUGAUAUCAAAAGCUUUUCCCAUGAGUUGAAUUCUAAAGGUGUACGCCCAUUUCCACUUUGGAAGCCUCGAGGCUUAAAUAACUUGGAGGAGGUUUUGACUAUGAUAAGGACAAAGUUUGAUAAAGCCAAGGAGGAAGUGGAUUCUGAUCUUCAUAUCUUUGCAGCAGAUUUGGUUGGAAUUUUGGAAAAGAAUGCAGAGGCUCACCCUGAGUGGCAGGAAACUAUUGAAGACUUGCUGAUUUUGGCUCGGAGUUGUGCAAUGACAUCACCUGGUGAAUUCUGGCUUCAAUGUGAAGGAAUUGUUCAGGAGUUAGAUGAUAGGCGGCAGGAACUUCACACGGGCAUGCUGAAGCAACUUCAUACACGAAUGCUCUUUAUACUCACAAGAUGUACGCGCUUGCUUCAGUUCCACAAGGAAAGUGGUUUUGCUGAGGAUGAACCGAUUUCGCUACUCCGUCAAUCAUUACAGCCCACUGAUAAACAUGUUUCUGGAGGUCUCAGAAGGGAUGGGAAGUCAGCCAGUGCUGUAAAGGCCCCCAAGGGACCUCCUACAAGAAAAUCUUACAGUCAGGAACAGCAUGGCUUAGAUUGGAAGAAAGAUCAAUCUGGAAUGCCAGAGAUUAUUCAGUCUCGUCCAGCUGAGUCUAUGAAGAAUCUGGAUUCUCCUGGUGAACGGAACCGCAUGGCUUCCUGGAAGAAAUUACCUACUCCUGCAGGGAAAAGUCUUAAAGAAAUUCCCCUGGCGAAGGAGCAUGAUAGCCUUGAGGCUUCAAAGUCAUUAGUUAACAGAAGAGUUGCACCAGAUGUAGAUCUGGCUACUGCUAAACAUCAAGAGCCCCCUUUUAGUAGAGAUUCUCAAGGACAUUUAUCUGUAUCUUCUAAGGAUCAGCAUAAAGUUUCUUGGGGUUACUGGGGAGACCCACCAAGUACUUCUGAUGAGAGUUCGAUAAUUUGUCGCAUUUGUGAGGAGGAGGUUCCCACUUUGCAUGUGGAGGAGCACUCUAGAAUUUGUGCAAUUGCUGAUCGUUGUGAUCAAAAUGGUCUUAGUGUCAAUGAACGUUUGGUUAGGAUUGCUGAGACUCUUGAGAAGCUAAUGGAAUCAUUUUCACAGAAGGACUUUCAGCCAGCUGUUGGAAGUCCAGAUGGUGCAAAAAUUUCAAACUCAAGCAUAACAGAAGAAUCUGAUGUACUCUCUCCAAAGCUUAGUGAUUGGUCUCGCAGAGGCUCAGAGGACAUGCUUGACUGUUUUCCUGAAGCAGAUAAUUCUGCUUUUAUGGAUGAGCUCAGGGGAUUGCCUUCUAUGUCAUUUAAAACUCGCUUUGGACCCAAAUCUGAUCCAGGAAUGACAUCUUCUGCGGGUAGUAUGACUCCAAGGUCACCUUUGCACACACCACGAACCAGCCCGAUAGACUUGUUAUUGUCCACUAAAGGUUGUUACUCUGAGCAUGAAGAUCUCCCUCAGAUGAAUGAACUUGCUGAUAUUGCUCGAUGCAUAGCAAAUACGCCUAUGGAGGAUGAUCACUCAUUGGAUUAUUUGAUCUCUUGCCUUGAAGACUUGAAAGUUGUCGUUGAUAGAAGGAAGCUAGAUUCACUUACAGUGGAGACAUUUGGAACCCGAAUAGAAAAGCUGAUUCGGGAGAAAUACUUACAACUAUGCGAGCUAGUUGAUGAUGAGAAAGUUGAUAUAACAAAUACAGUCAUUGAUGAAGAUGCUCCUUUGGAAGAUGAUGUUGUGCGUAGCUUGAGAACCAGCCCUGUUCAUUCUAACAGAGACCGUACAUCUAUAGAUGACUUUGAGAUAAUAAAACCAAUUAGUCGUGGGGCAUUUGGCCGGGUUUUUUUAGCAAAAAAGAGAACCACUGGGGAUCUGUUUGCGAUUAAGGUUCUUAAGAAGGCAGAUAUGUUACGCAAGAAUGCUGUUGAGAGUAUUUUAGCAGAACGUGAUAUUUUAAUAUCAGUUCGUAAUCCCUUUGUGGUUCGCUUCUUCUAUUCGUUUACUUGCCGUGAAAAUUUGUAUCUUGUAAUGGAGUAUUUGAAUGGCGGGGAUCUGUAUUCACUGUUGAGAAACCUAGGCUGUCUUGACGAAGAUGUGGCUCGUGUUUAUAUAGCUGAAGUUGUGCUUGCUCUGGAAUAUUUGCAUUCUUUGCGCGUUGUUCAUCGUGACUUAAAACCUGAUAAUUUGUUAAUUGCACAUGAUGGACAUAUCAAGUUGACAGAUUUUGGGCUUUCAAAAGUUGGUCUUAUAAAUAGUACCGAUGAUCUGUCUGGUCCAGCUGUCAGUGGAACAUCCAUGAUGGAUGAGGAUGAAUCUCUAUCUGCAUCUGAUCUGCAGCAUGAAAGGCGUAAGAAACGUUCUGCUGUAGGCACACCAGACUAUCUGGCACCAGAGAUCCUUCUAGGAACAGGGCAUGGUUUUACAGCUGAUUGGUGGUCUGUGGGUGUUAUUCUCUUUGAGAUGAUUGUGGGCAUUCCUCCAUUUAAUGCAGAACAUCCUCAGAAAAUUUUUGAAAAUAUUCUCAAUCGUAAGAUACCCUGGCCCCGGGUUCCUGAUGAAAUGAGCCCUGAAGCACAGAACCUAAUUGAUUGCUUACUGACAGAAGAUCCUAAUCAACGACUUGGAGCCAAUGGAGCACCAGAGGUGAAGGAGCAUCCUUUUUUCCAGAAUGUUAACUGGGACACACUAGCCAGACAGAAGGCUGCUUUUGUGCCUUCAUCAGAGAGUGCCUUAGAUACAAGUUACUUCACCAGUCGCUUUUCCUGGAACCCAUCAGAUGAACAUGUCUAUGCUGCCAGUGAAUUUGAGGAUUCAAGUGAUAAUGGUAGUGUGAGUGGUAGCAGCAGUUGCGUAAGUAAUCGACAUGAUGAACUGGUUGAUGAAUAUGGGGGUCUUGCUGACUUUGAGUCAGGCUCUUCAAUGAAAUAUUCUUUUAGUAAUUUCUCCUUCAAGAAUCUCUCCCAGCUUGCAUCAAUCAAUUAUGAUUUGCUCACCAAAGGCUAUAAAGAUGAUCAACCGACAACUCCUAACCCAUAACGAUGGGAUCUUAUAUUAUAGGAAGACAGAAUGAACCAAAAUGGGGGUGCUAAGCAGCACCAUCUUUGUAACUUUGUAAAUGUAAAAUCCUUAUCUAUAGAUUAGUGACAGAAAGUGCGGUGGGAUGUGUUCUCAAUACCUGAAAAAUAGCUUCAUGCUGUGAGGUUAGAAAUUAUGGUUGAGUUUUGUUUUGAGUUCAGAAGUUUGCUGUAAUUUUUUCACAUUCGGCUUCCAAAUGCUACAAGCUUUUCAUCUUUGGCCUUUGAUGGUGUCCUGUGAUUUCUUCUUCACAGCAAUGAGAAAGAACAUGUCCCUGCUUAUAAUGUAUUAAUUGGAAAAAUCUUUGUUGCCUUGAUUCUUUUAGUAUGUCAUUUCUUCUACUUUGGAAACUCUCAUUGUUGAAUCUACAUUCCUUUUAUUUUUUUAAUUUUAAACAUAACAUUGGUGGUA